AGAUGUUAGGGAGAUGGAGAAAUGGCGCUAGUGGUCCCGCCAUCCCAGAAGGGACAGCUGGGGUAUUUUUUUAGGUAGCAGCCAUGCAGGGCAUGGUAAGGGGGAGGGUCGCAGCAGGCAACUUUCUCCUUUGCACCCCAAACUGAGGGACACUGGAGUUCUGAUUGUGGGGUGCCUCCUUCUAGGACUGGGCUGAAGCCUAGGAGCCCCAGCUGCCAACAUCCAGGGGCAGGAUCAUGUCUGCUGACAAAGGCUGGUCGGUGCCGCCCGAAGGUGAAAACAGCGUGUCUGAGAGGCUCCUGAGGAAGACCAGGGAGUCUCCGCUGGUGCCCAUAGGCUUAGGAGGCUGCCUGGUGGUGGCAGCCUACAGGAUUUACCGGCUGAAGGCUCGUGGUUCCACCAAGAUGUCCAUACACCUGAUUCACACCCGAGUGGCGGCGCAGGCCUGUGCUGUGGGUGCAAUCAUGCUAGGUGCUGUGUACACCAUGUACAGAGACUUCAUCAGGAGAACGGCCCAGGACGCGGGGGAAAAGUAGGUUCCUACAGCCCGGUGCGGUCAGACCCGCUCAUGUGGAUCCCUGAUAUGUUCCUAAUAAAAGAGUUUUGC